CUCACGACCAGACGACAGCCUGCGCGAGACACCAUGGCGGCCGCAGUCGAAGACCCCGAGUUCCCAUGCUCAUUGACGGUACACAUUCCAUUCCCUACAAAUCGCUUGGCUCUGGCCGCUCUGCGGACACUCUCCGUCGACCAGGAACUAUCACCGCUCGUCAAACGACAUUUCAGUCUGGUCGAACCAGUCUCCAACAUUCAGCGCGAUCCCUCAAAGACUCCAUUCGAGGCUUCACUAUGGGACACGCCGCCCGCACAGUCCACAGAAGCACCGUCGAGCAUCGUGAAGAGUGCCAGUAGUCAGGAUGAUGAAAGAAAGACGGUGUUGAAGACUGAGUAUAAGGCUACCACAAAUCGCAUGUUGCGAGUGUCGGUCAAUGGCUUCUUCGAGUCGCUAGGCACUGUCAUGCAGACCAUGGAAGAGCUUGAUCUGGACGUGGUGCACGCGAAGGGACUGGAGAGCCUAGAAGGCGCUCAAGGUGUUGAGCAAGGCUUGACCGGAAGCACUGGUUGAGCAAACGGCACCACCAUAUCGACUCUGCUGGAGAUAUGGAAAAGACUUCGUGAUGAGAUCUGCCUUGGCAAUCGCGGAUAUGGAAGCUACCUUUGCGGCACGAUUCCAGCAUCCACAAAGCGCCUCAUAUUUCAGUGUAAGGUCCUGUUUUGCACCGACAACACAGUAAGAGAUGAAUGUGAGAGCCACGGGAAGAUUGAGACGGACAGUCUGCGGCACAGCCAGUGCAAGGUGCCUGCGACUACAACUGCUCUUUGAGACGGACACCAGAGGUCACAUCUCAUACGUCGCUUCAAAUAUCACGUCGUGAAAUACUGAGCCAUCUCGCAGGAAUUCCCAUUUUGAUCGAUUUGAAUGCCCA